CGGGAGGCAGAUGAGCACGUGAUCCCUCACCUCGCUGGUGCAUAUAUAUAGAGUCUUGAAGACCCACCCAGGCACAACGAUCUAGGUUUCAGAAGCCUCAGCUGGAGUUCUGGACCACCUGACGCAGAGGAACCAUGAAGUUUCUGGCAGCUAUCUGUCUCCUCGCCACAAGCGCGAGCGCACAGGUUGGGUAUUCAGGGAUCGUUAGUCCUGAUGGAAACAACGUCCAGUUUACACGCGACUUUGCCUACGGCAUCGUACUUGUUGGACCUUCUGGCAUCGUGACAAAGGAUGGUAAUAACCUCCAGCUGACUGGAGGCCAGGCUGCCCUCCACGCUGCCUCUCCACCAGCACCUCAGCCCGUGUCUCAGCUUGUCCUGACCCGCAGCGUCGUUGGUCCCUCAGGAAUCGUGAGUCCUGCCGGAAAUGUUCAGUUCACUCAAGAGAUGGUUGACGACAACGUGCUGGUUGGUCCCUCCGGCAUUGUGACCAAGAGCGGCAAAAACAUCCAGUUCAACGACCAAGGGCUUCCUCGCACCAAGCGAUCUCUGGUUGGUCCCUCUGGCAUGAUCCUUGAAGACGGCACUCCAGUGCAAUUCAAGACUCCCUUCACCACUAUUUUGCUGGAUGGUCCCUCUGGAAUGGUGUUCAGCGAUGGUACCCUUGUGCAGAAGCGUCCCAAGCGUAGUCUCGUUGGUCCCUCUGGCAUGAUCCUUGAAGACGGCACUCCAGUGCAAUUCAAGACUCCCUUCACCACUAUCUUGCUGGAUGGUCCCUCUGGAAUGGUGUUCAGCGAUGGUACUCUGGUGCAGAAGCGUCCCAAGCGUAGUCUCGUUGGUCCCUCUGGCAUGAUCACCGCUGACGGCACCCCUAUCCAGUUCCCUGCCCACGCUGAGGCCGUUGUCACUGGCCCAUCUGGCAUCGUCUUCUCCAACGGACAGAACGUUCAGUUUUCUGAAGGCAUGACAAGAGGAAUCAUGAAGUUUCUGGCAGCUAUCUGUCUGCUCGCCACGAGCGCGAGCGCACAGGUUGGGUAUUCGGGGAUCGUUAGUCCUGAUGGAAACAACGUCCAGUUCACACGCGACUUUGCCUACGGCAUCGUACUUGUUGGACCUUCUGGCAUCGUGACAAAGGAUGGUAAUAACCUCCAGCUGACUGGAGGCCAGGCUGCCCUCCACGCUGCCUCUCCACCAGCACCUCAGCCCGUGUCUCAGCUUGUCCUGACCCGCAGCGUCGUUGGUCCCUCAGGAAUCGUGAGUCCUGCCGGAAAUGUUCAGUUCACUCAAGAGAUGGUUGACGACAACGUGCUGGUUGGUCCCUCUGGCAUUGUGACGAAGAGCGGCAAAAACAUCCAGUUCAACGACCAAGGGCUUCCUCGCACCAAGCGAUCUCUGGUUGGUCCCUCUGGCAUGAUCCUUGAAGACGGCACUCCAGUGCAAUUCAAGACUCCCUUCACCACUAUCUUGCUGGAUGGUCCCUCUGGAAUGGUGUUCAGCGAUGGUACCCUUGUGCAGAAGCGUCCCAAGCGUAGUCUCGUUGGUCCCUCUGGCAUGAUCCUUGAAGACGGCACUCCAGUGCAAUUCAAGACUCCCUUCACCACUAUCUUGCUGGAUGGUCCCUCUGGAAUGGUGUUCAGCGAUGGUACUCUGGUGCAGAAGCGUCCCAAGCGUAGUCUCGUUGGUCCCUCUGGCAUGAUCACCGCUGACGGCACCCCUAUCCAGUUCCCUGCCCACGCUGAGGCCGUUGUCACUGGCCCAUCUGGCAUCGUCUUCUCCAACGGACAGAACGUUCAGUUUUCUUAGGCAAACCACCGGAUAUGCACCAGGACUCUAGUCUAUAUUUUUCAUGUGGCCAACAUUUCUGCAUUUCUGACAGACUCUAUGUAUUCAUCACGAUGUACAGAUAAAAGAUCUUUUAAAGAUACGAAUAAAGAUAACUGAAACGGC